AUUUUUACCUGACCCUCAACCCUCCACCUUAAAACUCUUAAUACUUGCUGUUCAGUUUAAUUUGUAAUGCUCAUCAACGUGCCAAGAUUUCACUUUGGUAAAAGAUUAUAUUUGACUUUCAAUGUCCUUUUUCCCCCUGCUAAUAGGACUCUGUUAAAAUAUGAAGAUAUCAAUCGCAUAUGCUUCUUUCAAGUCUGCAUCAUGUUAUUAACAAAGAUGAGUUUUGACCACUAAAAUUCCAUCAGCUGUUUUAAUUUUAGCCAAUUUACAUACCUUUUGAAUAUGUGAAUGCAGAGAAUCAGGGUGGCACAUGAUGAGGAAAACCCUUAACACUGCCUAACCUGUCCUGUGGAAUUUUUCAUUAAAUGGUGGUGGAUUGUCUGGGCUGAAAAAGCAGUGAUGUAAAAACACAGCAUGUCCAGUGAUGUACACCCUUGACUUUGACACUUGCUGGUGGUAUUUAAAGUUGAGAGAGUGGCCUGGGUCUUACAGAGAAAAAUGUACUGAUGUCCAUAUUCUUGUAGACCAUUUAAUGUAUGGGGUUCUCUUUUUUCCUCUCAGCGAUUGAACCUAAAAUAUUUCUGCAUAACAUAUAGCAAGAGCCAUAAAUACAUUAGUACCUUAUGUGCCAGUAGUUUGGAAAUUAUCCUAAUGACUCAUAAGGUAAAAGUUAUAUUUGUAAAAUGUUGCUUGUUUGUAGCAUUAUUUAUACUAGCAAAAAAAAAUUGGAAAUAGUCUGCAUAUCUUCUUUUAGAAGAAUGGCUUAAUAAAUUAUAGGGCAAGAGAAUUAAAUGUUAUAAAGUGAUUUAAAUGAUAAUUGUGUACAGACACUGUGCUGAGUACUUUAUAUGUUUAUCUCAUUUCAUUCUCACAACAACCCUUUGAGUUUGGUACUGUUAACUAACUUUCCUGCGGAAAACUGAAGCUUGGAAAGGUUAAGUAACUUGCCUAGACCACAUGGUAAAUCAUCAGCAUGCUUUGAAGUGAGGCAGUCCUAACUUUGGGAUGGCAUACGACUUUAUUGAUUCAGUGGGAAACGAUGUGGAUGUUGUCUCUGACUCUGAAAACAUAAAAAAGCUCCUGAAGAUUCCCUACAGCAAAUCGCACGUGAGCAUGGCAGUGCACCGCAUAGGAAGGACUCUCUUAUUAGACGAGUUAGAUAUUCAGGAACUCUUUAUGAGAUCAUCUCAGACUGGUGAUUGGACGUGGUUAAAAGAGUUUUAUCAAAGACUUAUUGAUCAGAAGUGGCAGAGGAAGAAAAAAAGCAAAGAACACUGGUAUCAGAAGGCUAUUCUUUCGAAGUUUUUAUAUUACAGUAUCAAUGGUGAUGGAGCUGCUCAGCCUGUCCCAUCUGCCGCAGAACAGCAGGAAUCGUCCAGCACAGAUCAGACAAAUGAUUCGGAUGGGGCUUCAUGGCCCGCCCCCUUUGAAAUGCCUUCUUCAGUCUCUGAAGACCCCGGUGCUUCCAGCCAGGGAGGUGAGCCUCUUGAACCCUCAUACAUAGUGGGGCAUGUGGCCUCAGCACCUAAAGAACAAACCCUGACUACUUUAUUCAAUGACGGGGAGAACAGUCAGGGUCUUAAAAAUGAUUUUGCUCGGAAUAUUUUAUGGACGUUUGAAGACAUACAUAUGCUAGUUGGCUCCAACAUGCCUAUAUUUGGAGGAGGCAGAUAUCCAGCAGUCAGCCUACGUCUCAGGGAUAACAACAAACCAAUUAAUGUGCUAACUGGAAUCGACUAUUGGUUGGACAACUUGAUAUGCAAUGUACCAGAGCUUGUCAUGUGUUUUCAUGUAAAUGGAAUUGUACAGAAGUAUGAAAUGAUAAAGACAGAAGAGAUUCCCAAUUUGGAAAACUCUAAUUUUUCUACUAAAGUCAUAAAAGAUAUUGCACAGAAUAUUUUAUCAUUUUUGAAAUCUAAUUGUACCAAAGAAGGACAUACCUAUUGGCUAUUUAAAGCAAGUGGCAGUGAUAUAGUGAAGCUCUAUGAUCUCACUACUCUUUGUGAAGAAACUGAAGACAAAUACCAAAAUCCAUUCACAAUGCCAGUGGCUAUUCUCUUAUAUAAGGUUGCUUGCAACAUGAUGAUGAAGAAGAAUCAAAAUAAGAAACACUAUGGGACUGUUAGAACCCUGCUUCUGAAUUGUGUUAAAUUGCUGGACAAAAGCAGGCAUCCUCAAAUUAUUGCUUCAGCCAAUUACAUGCUUUCAGAACUUUUCCAAUUGGAUGAACCUAAAAAAGAAGAAAGUUCAGGAUCUCCAUUAAAUGAGAAUUCUGAUGAAAGUUAUAGUGAAGAGGAGGAGGAGAUGCCAGAUAGUGAUGAAAACGGAUCCUACAGCACCUGUUCUGAUCCAUCAGAUGAUAACAAAGCAGUAGCUAUAAUUAAGUCUGUUGGAGAAUUGUCAGUUCCAGAAAAAUACAAAUCCAUUCAUCAGAUCAGACCCAGUUGUGCGUUUCCAGUUUGCCAUGACACAGAAGAGCGCUGUAGACUUGUGCUUAGCUACGUUCUGGAGGGUUUAAAAUCUGUGGACAGCAGCAUCAAAAAAGAAAGUGACCUCCCUGCCGCUGACCCCAACACCCCAAUCCCACUAAAAUAUGAAGAUGAAUCCACAAGGGGGGGUCCUGAGGGUCUGGAGAAGCAGAUGGCCUUGUUUUUGGACAAAAUGGGCUCCCUUCAGAAGGGUAAUUAUUCCAGUCAGUCUGGAAUGAUCCCUGGUUCUUGGCAACAUAAAAUGAAACUCCAGCUGAUUCUCAAGUCAUCAAAGGCCUAUUAUGUUUUGUCUGAUGCUGCCAUGAGUCUUCAGAAAUAUGGAAGAGCGUUACGAUACAUUAAAUUAGCUUUGCAGAGCCAUGAUACUUAUUGCUGCCUCUGCACCAAUAUGCUUUCUGAAGUGCUGCUAUUUCUUUCUCAAUAUUUAACACUCUGUGGUGAUAUCCAACUAAUGCUGGCCCAGAAUGCAAAUAAUAGAGCGGCACACCUUGAAGAGUUUAAUUACCAAACAAAAGAAGACCAGGAGAUACUACACAGCCUCCACAGGGAGUCCAGUUGUCAAGGAUUUGCAUGGGCAACUGAUUUGUCUACGGACUUAGAAAGUCAACUUUCAGUUAGUUGUAAAUGUUAUGAGGCUGCUAAUGAAAUCUUGCAGUUUAGUGACUUAAAAAGUCAAAAUCCAGAACAGUAUAUACAAGUAUUGAAGAGAAUGGGUAACAUUAGAAAUGAAAUCGGUGUCUUUUACAUGAAUCAGGCUGCCGCAUUACAGAGUGAGAGAGUAGUGAGCAAAACUGUGUCUACUGCAGAGCAGCAGUUGUGGAAAAAAAGCUUUUCUUGUUUUGAAAAGGGAAUUCACAACUUUGAGUCAAUUGACGAUGCCACAAAUGCUGCCCUUUUAUUAUGUAACACGGGACGACUCAUGCGAAUUUGUGCACAGGCGCACUGUGGUGCAGGUGAUGAAUUUAAACGUGAAUUUUCUCCAGAAGAAGGCUUGUAUUACAAUAAGGCUGUUGAUUACUACUUGAAAGCUCUAAGAUCCUUGGGAACACGAGACACACACCCAGCUGUUUGGGACUCAGUGAAUUGGGAAUUGUCCACUACUUAUUUUACUAUGGCAACUCUACAGCAAGAUUAUGCUCCGUUAUCUAGAAAAGCUCAAGAGCAGAUUGAAAAAGAAGUCAGUGAGGCUAUGAUGAAGUCCCUGAAAUACUGUGACGUGGACUUGGUGUCUGCUCGACAGCCUCUUUGUCAGUACCGAGCUGCAACCAUCCAUCACAGGCUGGCGUCCAUGUACCACAGUUGUCUGAGGAAUCAGGUUGGUGAUGAACAUCUUAGGAAGCAGCACCGGGUGCUAGCAGAUCUUCAUUACAGCAAAGCUGUAAAGCUUUUUCAGCUUCUGAAAGAUGCUCCAUGUGAACUACUUAGAGUACAGUUAGAAAGAGUAGCAUUUGCAGAAUUUCAGAUGACCAGUCAGAAUAGCAAUAUUGGAAAAUUAAAAACACUUUCUGGGGCUCUUGAUAUAAUGGUGAGAACUAAGCAUGCAUUCCAGCUCAUCAGAAAGGAGCUUGUAGAGGAAUUUGACCAGCCUAAGAGUGAAGAGACCCCUCCAGCUGCUGAUUCUUCUCCUAGUCUCAAUCGAGAAGAAGUGAUAAAACUCCUGGGUAUAUUUGAAUCUCGCUUGUCAUUCCUUCUUCUUCAGUCCAUCAAACUGCUGUCUUCAACUAAAAAGAAAACAAGUAGUAACCUUGAAGAAGAUGUAGUCCUCAAAACCAACAAGCAGAUUUACUCCCAGCUUCUAAGAGCUACUGCGAACAAAAACGCAUCUCUCCUGGAAAGAAUCGACGUUCUCGUCCAUUUGCUGGACCAGCUGGCUCGUGGCAGCGGCGGAGGCGGCGGUGCUCUUCAGUGACUCUGCCUGGGGCUGCACCCGCAGAGAUGCUGUCAGUGCCUUCUGCACUCGGGGGCUAGUGUGUCCAUUUGGUGCUUCGUUUCAUUAAAUACGAGGGAAAUACCCACUUAAAACAGGCACGGCAGUGGAAACAGAGCUCUCAUUUCCCAUGGCAAACAGUCAUGGUUGAGUUCUUUGGCUUCUUCAUUGGAGGUGCCAACAUCAGAAUCAGACCUAGAGCUCCCACAUUCGUUUCUUUGAGAAGCAUGUGGUACCUCAGUAUUAAUAGACUUGCUGUGAGGCAGUUAACACUUUUAAAUAUUUUUGAAGUAUGUUAAGCUACAUGGGUUUAAGAGAUAAUUAUCUUGGAUAAAUGUUACUUUGGUCAAGGGAACUUUUAUCCAAAUGAUUCUAGUGGUUCAGGUCAGUUAAAGAAACUUCCUGUACGUCCACAGUGUUCCCUUCUCAAGUGCACAGAAAAAGCCUGCCCUUUUUAAGCUUCAGUACAGGAUUUUUCGAAGACUGGCCAUUGUGCAGUUCUCUCUUUAAUGCAUGUUCUGAACGGAUCUGCUUUUCUCUGACUUUGUAUGACAGUUGAUCAAGAAUUGGUACCCCCCCUCCCCCUUUUUUUUUUCAUUUUAAACUUGAAACUGUGAAUAAGGU